AUGUCCGACGAAGAUCUCGAGCAGAUAAGACGCGCGCGCCUGCAGCAGUUACAACAACAGGGCGGGGGAAGCGGAGGACAAGGAGGCGAAGGCGCCGAGCAAGAUUCGCGAAAGCAGCAAGAGGCCGACCAGCGUUCCUCCAUUCUCUCACAAAUCCUUCUCCCCGAAGCAGCCGACCGUCUCGGCCGUAUCCGCCUUGUCAAGGAAUCGCGCGCAACCGACAUCGAGAACAGACUUAUAAUGCUUGCGCGGACUGGCCAAUUACGACAGAAGGUUACAGAAGAUCAGCUCAAAGAGAUACUGGGGGCUGUAGCAGAGCAACAGGAGAAGGAAGAGCAGAAGAUUGUUGUCAACAGGAGGGGAGGGAACUGGGACGAUGAUGAUGAGCUCGAGGAACUCAUGAAGGAUGUAUAG